CCCGACACUCUUGGCGAGGUUUUGUACAGUUUGCUCCGGGAGCUGUUUCUUCGCCUCCACCUUUUUCUCCCCCACACUUCGCGGCUUCUUCAUGCUUUUUCUUCUCACCAUUUCUGGCCAAAACUACAAACAAGACUUCGCAGAUCGAGCCUGCGUGCUGCCGAAGCAGGGCGCCGAGUCCAUGCGAACUGCCAUCUGAUCCGCUCUUAUCAAUGAAGCAGCCGAUCAUGGCGGAUGGCCCCCGGUGCAAGAGGCGCAAACAAGCCAAUCCCAGGAGGAAAAACGUGGUGAACUAUGACAAUGUAGUGGACACAGGUUCUGAAACAGAUGAGGAGGACAAGCUUCAUAUUGCGGAGGAUGACAGUCUUGCAAACCCUCUGGACCAAGAGACCAGUCCAGCUAGCAUGCCCAACCAUGAGUCCUCCCCACAUAUGAGCCAAGCUCUGCUACCAAGAGAGGAAGAAGAGGAUGAGAUAAGGGAGAGUGGAGUGGAGCACAGCUGGCACAGCAGUGAGAUUCUGCAAGCCUCUGUAGAUGGUCCAGAAGAAAUGAAGGAUGAUUAUGAUGUUAUGGGGCCAGAAGCCACGAUCCAGACCACGAUUAACAAUGGUACAGUUAAGAAUGCAAAUUGCACAUCAGACUUUGAGGAAUACUUUGCCAAAAGAAAACUGGAGGAACGCGAUGGUCAUGCAGUCAGCAUUGAAGAGUACCUUCAGCGAAGUGACACGGCCAUUAUUUACCCAGAAGCCCCGGAGGAGUUGUCUCGCCUUGGCACGCCAGAGGCCAAUGGGCAAGAAGAAAAUGACCUGCCACCUGGAACUCCAGAUGCUUUUGCCCAACUGCUGACCUGCCCCUACUGCGACCGCGGCUACAAGCGCUUGACAUCGCUGAAGGAGCACAUCAAGUACCGCCACGAGAAGAAUGAAGAGAACUUUUCCUGCCCUCUUUGUAGCUACACGUUCGCCUACCGCACCCAGCUCGAGCGGCAUAUGGUGACGCACAAGCCAGGGACAGAUCAGCACCAAAUGCUAACCCAAGGAGCAGGUAACCGCAAGUUCAAAUGCACGGAGUGUGGCAAAGCCUUCAAGUACAAGCACCACCUGAAAGAACACCUGAGAAUUCACAGUGGUGAAAAACCUUAUGAAUGCCCAAACUGCAAGAAACGCUUCUCCCAUUCUGGUUCCUACAGUUCACACAUCAGCAGCAAGAAAUGUAUUGGUUUAAUCUCGGUAAAUGGCCGAAUGAGAAACAAUAUCAAGACGGGUUCUUCCCCUAAUUCUGUUUCUUCUUCUCCUACUAACUCAGCCAUUACUCAAUUAAGGAACAAGUUGGAAAAUGGAAAACCACUUAGCAUGUCUGAACAGACAGGCUUACUUAAGAUUAAGACAGAACCACUAGACUUCAAUGACUAUAAAGUUCUUAUGGCAACACACGGGUUUAGUGGCACUAGUCCCUUUAUGAAUGGCGGCCUUGGAGCCACCAGCCCUUUAGGUGUGCACCCAUCUGCUCAGAGUCCAAUGCAGCACUUAGGUGUAGGGAUGGAAGCCCCAUUACUUGGAUUUCCUACUAUGAAUAGUAACUUGAGUGAGGUACAAAAGGUUCUACAGAUUGUGGACAAUACGGUUUCUAGGCAAAAGAUGGACUGCAAGACUGAAGAAAUUUCCAAGUUGAAAGGUUAUCACAUGAAGGAUCCAUGUUCUCAGCCAGAAGAACAAGGAGUUGCUUCUCCCAAUAUUCCGCCUGUUGGUCUUCCAGUAGUGAGUCAUAAUGGUGCCACUAAAAGUAUUAUUGACUAUACCUUAGAAAAAGUUAAUGAAGCCAAAGCUUGCCUGCAGAGCUUGACUACUGACUCAAGGAGACAGAUCAGUAAUAUAAAGAAAGAGAAGCUGCGCACGUUAAUAGAUUUGGUCACCGAUGAUAAAAUGAUUGAGAACCACAGCAUAUCCACUCCAUUUUCAUGCCAGUUCUGCAAAGAGAGCUUCCCAGGCCCUAUUCCCCUGCAUCAGCAUGAACGCUACCUGUGUAAAAUGAAUGAAGAGAUCAAGGCAGUCCUGCAACCUCAUGAAAACAUAGUCCCCAACAAAGCUGGAGUUUUUGUUGAUAAUAAAGCCCUCCUCUUGUCAUCUGUACUUUCUGAGAAAGGACUGACAAGCCCCAUCAACCCAUACAAGGACCACAUGUCUGUACUCAAAGCGUACUAUGCUAUGAACAUGGAGCCCAACUCUGAUGAACUGCUGAAAAUCUCCAUUGCUGUGGGCCUUCCUCAGGAAUUUGUGAAGGAAUGGUUUGAGCAAAGAAAAGUCUACCAGUAUUCAAAUUCCAGGUCGCCAUCACUGGAAAGGACAUCCAAGCCAUUAGCUCCCAACAGUAACCCCCCCACAAAAGACUCGUUAUUACCCAGGUCUCCUGUAAAACCUAUGGACUCCAUAACAUCACCAUCUAUAGCAGAGCUCCACAACAGUGUUACAAAUUGUGACCCUCCUCUCAGGCUAUCAAAAAC